GGUCCUAGUAUCACUGCUGAUAUGUAAGCAACUGCUCCACUACUUGCUGCGUGCUGAUUGACUUUCAACUGCGGAAGCAGUCAAACUUCUGCGAAUGUAACAUCAGGUUAAAACGGCUUCAUGGUUUCAAAAAUACGAUCACACUCUUUGUAAAACGCUCAACUUGAAUCAUGAUGCUCAAUUCGAUCGUUAGGUCUCGUCCCCUCGGUAGUUUCUUGGGGCAAUGGCGUCGUCAGGCUGUUGAUAAUAUUUGUAAGAGGAAAAUGUGUGACAAACCCACACCUGUGGCACCCGCAGAGGCGAAGCCAGCCGCCCGAACACAGAGCAAACCACAUCAAGGUUUCAAACUGCCAGGAUACCGGCCGUCAAACUUUGACCAGAAGAUGCUCAUAUGGUCCGGCCGCUUCAAGACUAAGGAGCAGAUUCCUGAGAUUGUAUCGUAUGAGAUGCUUGAUGGUGCCAGGAACAAAGUACGUGUCAAGGUCGCAUACCUGAUGAUGGCUAUAACCAUUUUAGCUUGUUUGGGAACGGUGAUCGUGGGAAAACGGGGCGCAAAAAAUCACGAAUCGCUCAUUACCAUGAACAUGGAGAAGAAGGCUCGCUGGAGGGCCGAGGCUCAGCAGGAGAGAGAGGCAGCAGCAGCAGCAGCGGCGGCGGCUGCGACUCUAGCCACUGAGAAAGCCCAGUGAGUGAGGGACUCUGAGGAGGAGCAACACCCCACAAGAUCACGUCCUGGAUUCCUCACCUAUUAAGGACCGUUUUUGGUGCCCCCUGUGUGUAACUAGUAGGUAGUGCAACCCUGCUUCAGGAGGACCAAAGUAGACACAAAGUACAGUUUUGUUCAAGGCUUGAGUCACUGGAUCAGAUCUCUAGACAGGACGUAUGGUCCUCUGUUAGAGAAAGACUUGUGCUGAGAAGUGAAGUGCUGAGCGUUAUGUCAAAAGUUUAUAUUCAGCGAUCAGAGAUGUAGUAAUUCAGUUUCCUCACACAGCUACUCCUCUGCCACAGUGACCUUUUCAAUCUUAUCACGCUGCUGUUUUUAAGUAUUAAAUAAAGAAAUAAUCUCCCCAAACUUGACUGGUGUCUGCUUU